AUGAUUACCUACGACACAACUGGCCCUACUUUGGUAAACUUCAAAGUUCAGGUCUCGGAUGCCAUCGCGCACGUCUGGAAGGGAAACAGCAUAGAAGCAGCCGGAGAGGAAAUGGCCAAUGUAACAGCUGCCGGACAUUAUGCAAUUUUGUCAAGUUGCUGGUACCUCGAUAUAAUCUCGAAUGGAGCAGAUUGGGAAAAGCGCUACGACUGUGAUCCCACCGAUUUCAAGGGGACCGACAAGCAAAAGGCUCGUGUUUUGGGUGGCGAGGCAGCCUUGUGGGGAGAAUACGUGGACGGAACAAAUUUCAUGACUCGCAUGUGGCCCCGUGCGUCUGCCGUGGCUGAACGGUUGUGGUCUAAUCCAGACGAGACAAAAUCGCAUGAUAAGGCUUGGCCACGUCUCCACGAAUUCAGAUGCAGAAUGAUGAAUCGAGGAUUCGCUGUAGCUCCACCGAACGCUCCCGAUUAUUGCCCGUUUGAAUGGAAUCCUCAUUACAAAGGAAUGUGA